CAUUUGAUUUAGAGAGUGAGUCAGAGAUGGGGACGUCGGCGGUUGGAUUGGCGCCGGGGCUAUCUCGGAAACUGAAGAAGGUGUUGGAAUGUAGGACGGACUCGCCGGAUCUAGUGUCUUCUCUGAGCACUCUGUCUACGUUCUACACGGAGAACACCCCUCGGUCUCGGCGCAACCUGAAGAGUGCCAUCGAAACCCGUGCCCUCCAAAUCAACCUUGAGUUCCUCCGAGCCUCCGAAGCUGCUCAACAGGCCCUCGAUCGCGUCGAGGAAGAGGUCAACUCCCUCUCCGACUGUUGCGACAGGAUUGCGAAGGCAUUGAACAGUUGCAGUGCUAGCACGGGGGAUAUUAUAAGUACAACAGAGAGGCUCAAACAGGAACUUGAAAUUACUACACAAAGACAAGAGAUCGUUUCGUGCUUCCUUCGUGAUUAUCAGCUCUCCAAUGAAGAGAUAAUUGCACUAAGGGAUGAAGAGCUCAGUGAUAACUUUUUCAAGGCGCUUACUCAUGUUCAAGAAAUUCAUGCCAACUGCAAGAUCUUGCUAAGAACGCAUCACCAGCGGGCAGGCUUGGAGCUCAUGGAUAUGAUGGCUGUAUACCAAGAAGCAGCCUAUGAGCGCUUGUGCAGGUGGGUUCAAGCAGAGUGUAGAAAAUUAGGCGACACUGAUAAUCCUGAAGUUAGUGAGCUUUUGAAAACAGCUGUUCGCUGCCUCAAGGAGCGCCCUGUUCUUUUCAAGUAUUGUGCAGAAGAGGUGGCAAAUAUGAGGCAUAAUGCAUUGUUUAGAAGGUUUAUAAGUGCUCUUACGCGUGGAGGACCUGGUGGAUUGCCUCGGCCCAUUGAAGUGCAUGCACAUGAUCCCUUACGAUAUGUGGGGGACAUGCUAGGGUGGCUGCAUCAGGCUUUAGCAUCUGAACGAGAACUUGUUCUUGUAUUACUCGAUCCAGAUGCUGUGGUAGAUACUGGACCAACUGCAAACCGAUUUUCCAAGAGGCUGGAGAGUGAUUUUGCAAAGACGGAGUCUGACUUGACAUUUGUUUUGGAUAGAAUUUUUGAAGGUGUUUGCCGACCAUUUAAAGUGAGAGUUGAACAAGUUUUACAGUCUCAACCUAGUCUUAUAAUUUCAUAUAAACUCACUAAUACCCUGGAGUUCUACAGCUACACUAUAUCAGAUUUACUUGGGAGAGAAACAGCUCUCUGUAAUACUCUUUGGGCACUGAAGGAUGCAGCUCAGAAAACAUUUUUUGAUAUUCUGAAAACUCGUGGAGAGAAGCUUUUACGGUAUCCUCCCCUCGUUGCUUUGGAUCUUUCCCCUCCGCCGGCAGUAAGAGAAGGAGUCUCUGUACUUCUUGAAAUAAUCGAGACCCAUAACAGUAUGAUGGUUCCUGCUUCUUCAGGGAAUUUUGAUCCAGUGAUAUCUGCUUUACUUGAUCCUAUUAUUCAGAUGUGUGAGCAAGCUGCAGAGGCACACAAGUCGAAGGGAGCCAAUUACUCAUCAAGAAGAAGUAGAUUGAGUUCUGACGCAGGUCAAAUGAGUAAAUCAUCAGUUGAUGCUAUCUUGUCAAAUAGCAGCUCUGCUCCAUCCUCCCAGAAUAAUGAAACUCCUUCAAAGAUCUUCAUCAUAAACUGCUUGUCUGCCAUCCAACAACCAUUAUAUGGGCAUGAGGUUGCAGCUGAAUACGUGAAGAACUUGAGAGCAAUGAUAGAUAAUCACUUGCGCAUCCUCGUGGAAAAAGAAGUUGAUUCCUUCUUAGGAAGAUGUGGCCUGUCUCAAAAGAUGCAUCACUUCCAUAGUUCACUGAACAAAGAGGCCGGCAAUUGGGCCCCUUUAGCAGAAUUAGAGGAAACAUCUCCAGCCUCUCUUUCAGAUUGCUUGAAGGCUUUCUUUGGGCUCGUAUUGGGAAGUGAGACUUCUCUGCCAGAAUUUGAGCAGAUGCAGGUUCCAAAGCUGCGAUCAGAAGCUUGUAUCCAGGUUGCUCGAUCUCUGGCUGAAGUUUAUGAGCUUAUAUAUGAGGCAAUCAUGGAUCCUGAGAAUCGCUAUCCGGACCCCAAAUCGCUGGCAAGGCAUCCUCCUGAUCAGAUAAGGACCAUUUUAGGAAUAUGAAGCUCUUAUACAUUUCUUAAUUUGUUAGUUUUUGUUUUCAUAAAAAGGCAAUACACUACUUAUUAUUACCAGAAUCAUAUGGAACAACUCUUUUUUCCUGCCGACAAACAUGUUGUAUUGUCCAUUUGACAUAGUAUUGAUAUUCUUUUGUCCUUGUCACUUUGUGUUUCGAUAUUCUUUUGUACGUGGUUCAUAGGUGAGUUGUUUUGGACAUCAUGAAUAAAACAUUUUCAUUUAUUUUUUUCCUA